CAAUGUAUGCCCUUGUGGUCACCAUGGUCUUGUGGUCACUCUAAACUACCAAUUAUGUCAUUUUCCCCCUGUAAGAGUAUAUAAAUUUUUAAUCUUCACUAUUCAAACACAUUAAUAGUUGCUAAUGGAAACCUCACAACCUCUAGCCAUUGAGAGUUUUUCCUAUAGUUGGUUAUCUGACUAUCAACCCUCCUUAGAUGGCCUCAAUGAGCCCCCCAGGGCAUCUGUUGACAAUUGUUAUGGAGGUACCUCAGAAGAAUUCAACUAUGAGAUGGUAGAGUCAAAUAGAUUUCCGACAGACCAGAACUUCAAUUUUGAUGCUAUUGCUCAAACUCCUGCAGCUUUUAUUCAUGCUGAUGAGCUUUUUACCGAUGGCUUCAUCAGACCCAUUUAUAUUGAUUCUUCAAAGAGAGAGUCAUGCAAUGCCUUGGAUUCAAUCCAAACGACACUUAGGUCAUCCUUUUCUUCAAGAACUGAAAUUCCAACAGGGAGGAUUCAUUGCAGCUUUCUUAGAAAGUGGAGAAAAUCAACACUGCAAAUCUUACAAAAUCUUUUUGGACAUCUCAGACCUUUCUGCCAUAAGGUAAGGUGCCUAAGAAAAAGUACCAGGGUUGAUGAUACUGACAGGAGGACGUGGAAAGUUAAGGGCUGGAACGGUUCACCCCAAGCAACUCCACAACAGAUUACAGCUUGUUCAAUGGGUGAUUCGUGUCAUCUUGAUAACUCAAUUUAUGAGGCUGUUCUCCACUGCAAAAGAUCGAUAGAAAAAUGAUUCAUGCUCAGAUGAGGAAAAAAUAACAGGAGAAGAAAGAAAAGAACUUCUAGAAAUGAAUGGCAGCUGAUCAAGCGUCAACUUGUUAUUUGUCUCAUUUCUCUGUCUUCUUUCCCCUAGAUGUUUAUACAUAUCUUUCUUUUAAACAAGGGGGAACUUUUUAAAACUAAUAUACAUGAUAUGUUUCCUUAUUUCAUAAGGCUUAAACUGGUAUCAUAAAAUAUUUGUCUUUGUCAUCUUGCAAUGAUAUGGAUUUUCAUGUUGCGUUCUUUUUCUCUCCCUCUUUCCAGCUUCUAAGGAAGAAUAUAAAUGAAAACUUUUACCUAGGUCUUUCAUAAUAGACCAUUUACAAGGUUACAUCCACGGAAUCAGACUUCCAGCAUUCCACUGUGAGGAACCUGAUGCUUGACAUUUCUGAUUAAUAUGCUCUGCAAGGCAAAACAGGACGUCCAGUUUAAGGUUUACGACCAUGACCAAAGCACGGAAGAGAAUUCUUUCCCUCACUGUGAAUCGUGCUUAUGAAAAUAAAAAGUCAAUUUUUUUUAUUAUUUUUGUGGUUGGUGUAGAAAUCAUCUUAAGGGCUUUCGCAAGGUCAUUAUUUUCUCUUGUUCUUCACUGGUCAUUUCUGUGGGCAAACCUAUGCUAUGCUCUCGGACGCGUGAGAUCCUCUAGUUUGUGCUUUUGCAAGACAUUGUAUUGGCAUCUCACAUAAUGCUAUAAGCAACGGGGUGGGACUCCAUGGAAGUUUAGAUUUGAACUUCUGAUUGGCCUUCAAACUAAAAUAUUUGCAGCUUAUCCGGACUGCAUGAUUAAAUUGUCCGGAAAAUUAUAGCUUUUCCAGACCUAGCGAUUCUCAUCAUGGCUUCAGCCACCACCAUCUAUUCGCUUACAGGAAAUAAGUAGUACUAUCAAAGAUAAUGGUAAAUUUGCCUCAUUUUUAGAAGUUGGAAGU